AAAGAUGGUGAUGCUGUUCUGUGCGAUCGUCGGCGCUGGGGGAAGCCCAUUCCCUGUGGACAUUGACGAGGAGAAGUCGGUGGGCCACUUGAAGGACGCGAUCAAGGCGAAGAAGCCGAACGACUUCAAGGACGUCGACGCAGACAAGCUGCAGCUCUUCCUGGCGAAGACGGCGGACGGCGCGUGGCUCUCAUCGAAGGACCCUGAUGUGAUUUCUAUGCGAAGUGGAGGCAUUCCUGAACAAGUGAAGACACUGCUGAACGUGGAAAUGGACCCAGCAGAUGAGAUUGGCGACGUGUUUGAAGGUGCUCCAACGAAGAAGACGAUUCACGUGCUGGUGGUGGUUCCGGAGCAAGAACACGCACAAACUGGAUUGUGGCUUGUCACUGGAUCCGUUGACAACGCGCUGAACACGAAAGGGAUUCGCUGCAAACUGUACUGGAUGGCGACGUUACGCAUUGGAUACUACGAUCCUACGCGCUGCAUCGGCAACAAGAAUGUCGCGUUUUGGUAUGAAGACAAGAAAUUGUGUUUUCAUGUUUUAUUCGAGACAAAAAAUGCUGCUUUGCUGUUCGAAACUGACUUAAGGACUGGGCCACAAACGCUGGGCUCUCCGUUAACUAACCAGGUUGUUGAGACGCGUGUUGCACCAGCUAACGCUGUGUCUACUGAUCUCCAGCGCGUCUUCUACUGCGACUACGUUCCAGACGAUUCGGAAUCUCCUCAAAACACAGUUUCAUCGAUAUCGUUGACUACAAGCGUUUCGAAUCUGGACCCAUCGACUGACGAGUUUCGUUUUCAGCGGAUUGAGGACGAGAAGUUCUUCCUACCGUACGGCAAGGCAGAAAGCUGCCAUUUGGUGUCGAGAAAGCAAAGCAGAGACCACAAACGGGAAUUCGCCAAGUACGAUCGCGACUCAAACAACAGGCUUGCGCUUUCUCGCGAAAUGCAUGGUUGGUUCGACGGUAUGAGCAUUGAGGUUCCCAUCGUCAACAUGCUACCCGGAUCUGUUGAAGAGAAUCAAUCCAUUGGCAACAGACGCAAGGUCGAGGUCUUCGUGAAGGUUCUGGAUGCUCAGUGCACAGAUCGCGUUUUCAGUCGUUUGAAAGGAGGAUCAACCAGGACGGACGAUCCGCUCAUGAUGAAGACGUUUGUUCACGUGGAGGAUCCAGAAACAUUUUGUUUGUGCAUGAGGUGGAAGCACGACGAUAAUGCGGAGCGUUGGAGAAGCUUUUGGGAUAUGACUCCUGCGGUCGAUUGAAUGGAAUAAUGUGGCUCCCGAGUUAAAUACUUCGAAGUAGUAUUUGAUUUCUUGACAUACUUUGAUCCUGAUAAAUAUAAAGUUAGUAAUAUACAAAGAUGGCGUA